GCCGGAAGUAACGCGCUCCUCUGUUGGUCGGCGAAGAGCCGCUAAAACAACAACAAGCGGUACAACUCCACUUUCAGGCGUUGUAGCCUGGAAAAGUACCACAUGAAUGUAUUUAUGGCGGCCGUCUCUGCCGAGCUGAAGUGCUGAAUGUCCGUCCGGUGUCGAACAAAGUGAAUGUGAGAUGACUCAGCGGUGGCUUGGACAUCUGUGAUUCAACUAAAGAUGAACGAGACGUGCGCCGCCCGUCAGACUUGUCACUGCUUGUUGUCGUAGCAACGCACCGACGUCGUGAAUCAUGACUGUUGCACAUUGUACUCACCGAAACAACUAACUGCAGAGAAGUAAAAUAAUAAAGUCGUGGUGAAUGGAUUUCAGAUAAGACCGGCGCUAAGCAUGUCUCUGGGCGAGCAGUCUCACAAGUGGUUUCCGACCCAUGUCCAAGCCACGGUUCUGCAGGCGACCGGUUUACAACCCAAAGGCAAAAACGGCACCAACGAUGCCUACACCAUCAUCCAGCUGGGCAAGGAGAAAUACUCCACAUCUGUAGCGGAGAAGACGGCUAACCCCGUUUGGAAAGAGGAGGCCUCGUUCGAGUUGCCGGGUCUUCUGUUGGAGGGGAACCCUGAAGUUUACGAGCUGUGCCUCACCGUGAUGCAUCGCUCCUUAGUCGGGAUGGACAAGUUCCUGGGUCAGAAAUUCAUCAACCUGAAUGAAAUCUUUGAUAAUAAGGAGAGAAAGAAAAUUGACUGGUACGCGCUGGAGUCCAAACCGGGGAAGAAGAAAAAGGGGCGGGGUCAGAUCCAGGUCAGCAUUCAGUUCAUGAGGAACAACAUGACGGCCAGCAUGUUCGACCUCUCCAUGAAGGAGAAGCCCCGCUCGCCUUUCUCCAAACUCAAGCACAAGAUGAAGGGCCGCAAGAACGACAGCGGCCUCACCGACGCCUCCUCCGCCAUCUUGCCUCGCUCCGCAGCGUGCGACUCGGACCCCAGCCGGCCGCCGCUCCCCACAGAAUCGCAACCGAAGCCGGACCCGAAAGUGAAAAGACCCCUGUUGUCCGGGGUCCAUAAGCUCUCUGCGGCCCACUCCAUGUCGGACCUGAUCGGGUCCAACGUUCAACGCAAGCUGGACUCCACGGAGGAGAGCGGAGGUCCAGGUGGCCCCCACAGGCGUUCCCAGAGCGAGGUGCCGGGACUCCCGGACGGCGAGGGACACGCUGACCCUUUCACCGACAUCACUCGCACCCUGCCACAGAAGUAUGCCACGCUCCCACUCAAUCGCAACCCGUUUGAGGGGGAGCCGGGCCAGCUGUGGGACCGGACGGAGCGCAGGGAGAAGAAGGAGAAGGUCAGCCUCCUGGAGCGCGUGACGGGGAAAAAGGAAGGCCGCAAGGCGGGCAACGGGAGCCGCUCUGGGAGCUCUGGGGACCUGCGGACCCCCAACCCUUUCAGUGGCGAUUCACAAGCAGACACGAACCCGUUCUGCUCGAGCUACAGAACCAGCGACAAAAAGCAGACGGGAAACGAACCCGGUGGCCAGAAGAAGAAGAAGAAGGAGACGUUCGCCAAGAAGAACGAGGUGACUCAGGAGAGCGUGGCCAACUACAGCAACUUGUCUUUUGAGGAAGUUGUUCAAGAACUCAUCAAGCAAAAAGAAGUGGUGAGAAAGAAAGACGCACACAUCAAGGAGCUGGAGGACUACAUCGACAACCUGCUCGUGCGUGUGAUGGAGGAGACGCCGAGCAUCCUACGGACGCCCUAUGAGCCAAAAAAGAAAGCGGGUAAACUUUCUAAAAAGUAGAAUAACAAAGAAUAAAACCAACAAAAGCACUGGAUAAAAUGAUGCUGUUGAAGAGAUCAUUCAUUCUUCAUGUGGGUGAAGCUGUGGGAGCAAAUGGAACAAGGAAGUUUGGUGUCGAGGUAUUAAGUUUUAUUUGGUUAUGAUUUUUUAUACUUUUUUCAAUGGCUUGAUUUUGUUAAGUCAUACAAUUUAUUACAAUUCAUCCAGAUUUAUUACACCUACAUCAUACAGGUUU